CUUCCUCAGUGCUUGGCAUUUCAAGCUGCUCCUGCAGGGAUCCAACCACAGUGCCUGAAAAACAGAAAAAGCUGCCCAAAUAAAGUCUCCAACAAUGUAGGUCUUGAGCUUCCCAUUGUGGAGUUUCCAUUUGUGUCUGGCAGCUUGAAACGGAUGAAGAGGGAGUGGGUUAUUCCACCAAUUAGCUUUUCAGAAAAUGUCAGGAGUCCUUACCCCAAAAAUCUGGUUAAGCUGAAGUCCAACAAAGAAAAAAAGGUGGCCAUAACUUACAAGAUCACUGGACCAGGAGCAGAUCAGCCCCCUGAGGGUGUUUUUACUGUUGAUCGGCGUUCUGGGAUUUUGUAUGUGCAUAUGCCGUUGGACAGGGAAAAAAUACCCAAAUACACAGGAAGUAUAAUUUCACUUUUAAUAGUUUUUUCCCCAUGUUUAGGUUAUCUAGUAUUUUAUGAAAUAAACUUACCAUCGUGCCUUGUGUUACAGCUGUUAGCCCAUGCAAUGAAUGAAGGAGAUAAGGCUGAAGAGCCCAUGCCACUCAUUAUCAAUGUCAUUGACCAGAAUGACAACCCUCCAGAAUUCCCUAUGAAACCUUUCUUUGGCAAUUACAUUUUAUUAGCCAACCUGGUCUUGUUUUCUUCAACAGAUGCCACAAUCAUAAAGGUAAAAGCAGGGGAUAAGGAUGAUCCGGACACAAACAACGCUAUAAUUAGGUAUAGAAUAAAAUCUCAGAUACCUAAAUUGCCAAAAGAGGGCAUGUUUGUCAUAAACCCAGUGAGUGGCGUCAUCAGUCUUAAAGAAGGUGGACUGGACAGAGAGACUCAUCCAGAGUACAAGCUCAUCAUAGAAGCUCCUGAUUUGGAGGGAGAUGGGCUAAAAGCCACCUGCACUGUUACCAUUACCGUUACUGACAGCAAUGAUAAUGCUCCCGAAUUCAAAAUGAGAUCCGUGUCCUCAUCAGUCCCUGAGAAUAAGGUUGGAGUGGAGGUGGUAAAACUACAGGUCACUGACAAGGACAAGUUAGGAACUCCAAAUGCUAACAUCAAAUACUCAAUAAUAGAAGGCAACACCAGGGGAGAAUUCAGUGUUAUUACAAGCUCCAAUAAAAUGGAGGGAAUCAUCAAAGCAGCCAAGGAGCUGGACUUUGAGAGCGUUCCUGUCUUUACUCUGCUUCUAGUGGUAACAAAUGAGGCGCCGUUUUCUGAACCGGUCGCUACAUCAACAGCCACUGUUACUGUAAAAGUAGUAGACAAGAAUGAGCCCCCUGUUUUCAGUCCAGCAGAGGUCCGUGUGAGCAUCUUAGAGGACUUGAAAAUAGGGAGUUCUGUGACUGAACUCAGAGCCAAGGACCCAGACACAAUAUAA